AUGUCUCCGAGUGCCUCCAGCGAAAGCGAGAAUGGCUCCUACGCCAAAUCCAAACUCAAUAGCGUUAACAGAUACCGUGGUCGAGGCCAAUAUGAAUACCAACAAGUCUAUCCUAUCUUUGACGAGACACCCGUCGUCCAUGUUGCCUUUCAAACCUCUCCUGACCAGGACAACUUUGGGUUUCCCGUCAUCUUGCCCAUGUUAGGCUGUACCGGUAUCUUUGGACAAGAGGAUGUCACAGAGGACGAAGAUGAUGGGCGCCGAUACAUCUACCUCCAUGGAUAUGUGUCGGCCCGCAUCAUGAGAUUGUCCAAAGCGGGCACCAAUGAUGAACCGUCAGGUAUUCCUGUUUGUGUUUCCGCCACACUUAUGGACGGCAUUGUCUUGGCCUUGACGCCCAAUCACCAUAGCUGCAACUACCGCUCUGCAGUAGCAUUUGGCCAUGCGCAAGUGGUCGAAGACGAGGCGGAGCGGCUCUACGCCAUGGAACUCAUCACCAAUAACUUGGUCCCCGAGCGUUGGCAGCACACACGCUACCCAAACAAGACUGAACUAAAAAGCACCGGGAUUCUGCGUGUCGAGAUUCACUCGGCCAGCGCAAAGGUCCGCACGGGCUCUACUGGUGAGGCGAAGGAAGAUAUUGCCGAUGAAGAGAUGAGGCGCAAUGUAUGGGCCGGUGUGGUUCCAACUAGGACAGUGUAUGGCACACCAAUGCCUGCGCCGACGAAUUUGUUUCCUGGGGUUCCUGGGUACUUGGAAGAUUGGAUCCGUGAACGCAAUGAAACCUCGCUGCAGUAUACUUUGGACGCUGGUGCGGCCUCCAAGUAG